AAGUGAUUAUGGGACAUCGCUCCAACGAAGAUUGACCAUUGAUUUUGAUGGUAACGUUCGUUCUUAUAGUCGAAAACAUGGACAAGAGAAGUGGUCGAUUUCAGGGCAAUUCCACCAACAACCUUUCAAAAUACAUGGAAUUUGUGGACCUAAUAGUGUUUGCAUUAAUAAUCCAAGAACUGGUAGAAAGUGUUUGUGUGUUCCCGGUUAUAGCAGGAUCGAUAAUCAAAAUUGGUCUCAGGGGUGCAAACCAAACUUCCAACUUUCAUGCAAUAACAAAACAAAGUUAGAGACUUACUUCCAACGUUUACCCCAUGUUGAGUUUUAUGGAUAUGAUUAUCAGUUCAAAGCAAAUUACACUUAUAAACAAUGUAAGCAUUUCUGCUUACGAAUGUGCCAAUGUGUAGCCUUCCAAUAUCGCUUGGUGAGGGAUCAGGGUAUAUCUUAUUGCUAUCCAAAGAGACAAUUACAAAACGGCUUUAGUUCUCCGGAAUUUCGAGGAUCCAUCUUUUUGCGAUUGCCAAAAAGAAAACAUGCUUUUUACAAUGAGAAUGAUAUACAAAAUGGAAGCUUGGUUUGUUCGAGAAAUACUGGAGUACAGCAACUAAAAAGAUCAUACAUCAAAGGCAAAAAAAAUGGAUCACUUAAUUUUUUGCUUUGGUUUGCGACUUGCUUGGGAGUAAUUGAGGUAUUGUGCUUCUUUAUUGCGGGGUGCUUCUUAUUUAAGAAUAGGAAGCACUCCGCUACAAAUAAACAAGGCUACAUUCUUGCAAUAGCCCCUGGAUUUCGGGAAUUCAGUUACUCUGAAUUGAAACAAGCAACAAAAGGUUUCAGUCAAGAGAUUGGAAAGGGUGCUGGAGGAACUGUAUAUAAAGGUUUAUUAUCUGAUAAUAGGGUUGUGGCUAUAAAACGACUACACGAAGCAAACCAAGGUGAAAGAGAAUUCCUUGCGGAAGUGAACAUAAUUGGAAUGCUCAACCAUAUGAACUUAAUUGGCAUGUUGGGGUAUUGUUUAGCCGGAAAACACAGAUUGUUGGUUUUAGAGUUCGUAGAAAAGGGUUCUUUAGCUGAAAACCUCUCAUCAAAUGCACUUGAUUGGGGUAAGAGGUAUAACAUUGCUCUAGGAACCGCAAAGGCUCUUGCAUAUUUACAUGAAGAAUGUUUGGAGUGGAUUUUGCAUUGUGAUAUAAAGCCUCAAAACAUACUUAUUGACUCUGAUUACCGACCCAAAAUAGUAGAUUUUGGGUUGUCUAAGCUAUUACAUAGGAACAAUCUUAAUAAUUCAAGUUUCUCAAGGAUGAGAGGAACAAGAGGUUACAUGGCACCUGAAUGGAUUUUCAACUUGCCAAUCACUUCCAAGGUAGAUGUUUAUAGUUAUGGAAUUGUGGUGUUGGAGAUGAUUACCGGAAAGAGUCCAACGACCUGUAUCGAAAUCACAGAUGAUGGAAUAGUGUCACAUAAUGAGAGGUUAGUAACAUGGAUUAAAGAGAAAAGAAGGAAAGAAUCAGAAGUGGGAUGUUGGAUUGAACAAAUAGUUGACCCUGCAUUGGGAUUAAAUUAUGACAUUGUUCAAUUGAAGACCUUGGCAGUGGUGGCUUUGGAUUGUGUAGAGAAAGAGAAAGAUGUUAGACCCACCAUGAGUCAAGUUGUUGAGAGGCUCCAAAGUCAUCAACAUGAUUCUUGAGUACACCAUCUAUAUAUCAUGCCAUAUAAAAAAAAUAAAAAAGGAAGGAAAUACAUAUCCUUGGUGAAAAUCCACAGAAUGACUAGAAUAAAAAACCAGAAAGUGUUGCUGAAUUUGGAGUCAUAAAAUUGACUUGUUAUUUUCUUAUUUCACUUCCAAAAAUCUCAUUUCAAGCUGGAAAAACUUCAUUUUCUACA